AUGCCCCAUGAAAGGGUCUUUCGGGUGUUCAAUUCUGUGAAAACAUUCAAACGUGGGUUCUUCACAGAAUCAUACUUGCCACCAGUUGAAGAAUUUAAGAAUGCCAUGUCCACUGUUGGAUCCCAAGCCAUGAUUCUGACAGCAUCAUUUUCUGGGGACCUUGAUGUCACCAAAAUGCAUGGAACUACCCUAUCAUCGGUCAGUUCUUUAACGGUUUAUCCUGAACCUGUUCUUCAAUUUAAUAUACAAGUCCCGUCUGCAACAUCUAGCUCUAUACAUCAGAAUAAAUAUCUGGCCUUGCAUAUUCUAAGUCCGUCUUCUGAUAGUGUAAAAUUAGCAAGAAAUUUUAGUUUAGGUUCUAGAUUUAUCAACAUGCAGAUGAAUUCGGAUAACACCAAUGCUGAGCGAAAACAUACCACACCGUUUGAAAGAAUUGAUAAGCAAGAAUGGGAAUUAUUUGAGGACGUUAUACAAAAUGACCGACCCGACUCUUUCCAUCUGGACCCAAAACUACAUUUACCAGUUUUAACGAAAAACUCGGAACGUAUCCUUAUUUGUGAGAAGUAUAAAGUGUUUCAGAUCUACAACCAUGAAAUAUGGACGUGUAAGGUCAAAGAUAUUUUAAUCAAUGUGCACGAGGACCAUAAAACGGGUGGAUUAUUGUAUUUUAACAGAAACUUUCAUUUCGUCGGAAAUCCGCUAGUUGACCCUAAUACAAAAAAAGAUUGA